AUGGCGAGCCCAACAACCCCUUUUCGAGCGGUCUACAAGACCAUAGGCCAACAAGAGAUCGAUGUGGAUAUCUACCUGCCCCCGCCUGGGAGUCCCGAUAAGUCAUCACACCCGGUCGUCAUCAACAUCCACGGUGGCGCAUUCAUGCUCGGCUCGUCCAAAAUGGUCAACAGGGACCAGGUGGCCGACUGCCUCGACAGAGGGUGGAUUGUGCUGGCGCCCAAUCACCGCCUGUGUCCCCAGGUCAGCCUCUUGGACGGUCCGAUGAGGGACUGCCGUGAUCUCCUCGAGUGGGUAUACAGCGGCCAACUCCAAAGGGUCCUCGACACAACACAGGGGGGUUCGCACACCGUCGACAAUGAUCAUGUGUUUGCUUUCGGCACGUCGUCAGGUGGCACUCUAGCCCUCAGUUUGGGCUUUGGAGUGCCGCGGCCCGUGGCCGGCAUCUUUGACAUGUACGGGCCCAGCAACUUCACGCACCCCUUCUGGGAGAAGCCUCUGCCGCACGUCGCCGCCAGACUGCCCCCUGGUCUGACCCAGGACUUCCUCAACAAGGUCUUUGACGAAGACCCUGUUCCCAUCGAAGGAGGCGUCUCCCUCGAGGGCCAGGCCCAGGGACCGCCCAACUUUGACGACCCGAGACAGGCCUUCGCCAUGACGCAGAUCGCCAGCGGCAACGUCAUGAAGGCCAUCGUGCCCGACGGGAACUGGGACGCCGUCGACCCCCUCAGGAACAUCACCGCCUCGUUCCCGCCGACGUUCAUCGUGCACGGGCAGGCGGACACCAUGGUGCCCCUCGAGCUCAGCCAGGGCCUGUUCCAGGCGCUGAGGGAAAAGGGGGUGAGAUCGGGCCUGAGGGAGAUCCCGGGCGAGGAGCACACGUUCGCGGCCAGGAUGAAGGUGGGAUCCCAGACGUGGAACCUGCAGCGGGAAGGGUUCGAAUUCUUGGAGAGCCUGAUCGAGCGAGUCUGA